CUUAGCUUUUGCCUUAGCUUUUGCCCUUAGCUUUUGCCUUAGCUUUUGCCCAGGCACGUUUGGAUACGGAUUAGUUUGAUGGCCAGACCGCGAUUACUGCUGCUGCUGCUGCUCCUUGUAGUGCAGGUAACCAUAGCAACCAAUAUGACCCCUUGUAAUCCAGGCAAGUGCUUGUCUGAUGACCUCUGCUGCCAGUGCUGCCCAGCUGGCCACUUUGCCACAAAACCCUGCCACGAAAACCAUAGCAUUGCCAAAUGUGCACCAUGUGAACCUGGAACCUUCAUGGCUCACCCCAACCUGGAGCGGGCCUGCUUUCUCUGUUCCCAGUGCCGGGAGGACCAGGAGGUGGUUUCAAACUGUUCCUUCACUGCUGAUCGGCAGUGCCAGUGCAGGAAAGGCUACUACUGCGACUCAGAAAACUGUGUGGAACACUGCUUCCAGUGCAGCAGACAACUCCCAUGCUGUACUCUCACUGGAUCUGUUUGGGCAAGAUUACCAAAUUGUUCUGAAGGUAGAGCUGUCCUUGAGCCAUGCCAUCCCAGGGCCAACACCAUAUGUGCCAAGAUGAAUCAAGAGCCAGCAAACUCAAACUGGUACUCGGUUGUCUACUUUGUGGUUGUUCUCAUCAUAGUCAUCAUCAUCGCUGUUGUCAUCGUCAUCGUUGUCAUUGUUGUCAUCUACUGCUACAGUAGGACAGCAGCAACUCCUGGAUCUGAGCUGGAAACCUCUAUAACAAAUUCCUCAGCCACCAGGAUCUCAGGCUGGUCAACUGUAAUGGCAGCAAGCACCAUUCGGGAAACAGGGGGACCUGAGGGAGGGGGGGCCCUGUGAAUCUCCCAGAUGUUCACCCAGGUGUUGCCAAGUUCCGGAAACACAACUACUCUGUCUAUUGUGAGUGGUAUUUCCU